GAAAAGAAAAGCAGAGGGGAGAGAGAGAGAGAGAGAGAGAGACGAAGAGAAUUGAAUUAUCUGGUCAAUCUCCGAAGUGAGAAGCGAGGAGAAUCGAUUAGUGAUGUCGAAAAGUGGAAAACUUGGUUGCGUGGUGGUGGCGGUGGAUGGCAGCGAGGAGAGCAUGAACUCUCUGCGGUGGGCGCUGGAGAACCUUAAGCUCAGAUCACCUGCACCCGAUUCCACCGAUGCUGGUUGUUUCGUCAUCUUCCACGUCCAAUCACCGCCUUCCAUCGCCACCGGCCUCAAUCCCGGUGCCAUCCCUUUCGGUGGUCCCACUGACCUUGAAGUUCCCGCGUUCGCUGCAGCCAUCGAAGCUCACCAGAAGCGAAUCACUGACGUCAUACUUGAUCACGCUUUGGGAAUUUGCUCCCAAUUCAAUCUCACUCAGGGGAAGGUCAAGACCCAUGUUGUUGUUGGAGAUCCAAAGGAGAAGAUUUGUGAAGCCGUACAGGAUUUGCAUGCUGAUGUGCUUGUGAUGGGGUCUCGUGCAUUUGGACCUAUUAAGAGGAUGUUCCUGGGAAGUGUUAGCAACUACUGCGCCCACCAUGCUCAGUGCCCAGUCAUUAUCAUAAAGGAAAAGGACAUUGUCAAUAAGAGAGAAUAGGUGUGUUGCCACAUUUCAGUUCCUGAUGCUGUAUCCCUGCUUGCCCAAUUAAUUAGGUCAAAAGCUUUUUCAUAAUUGGGUUUUGCAUACUUUUACCAGACCUGUGCUGUAGCUCAGCUUUGAAGCUCUUUUUGUUUUGCCAAUGCUGGUCACAUCCUGGUACAAGUACGUGUUUUCUCUUUUUGUGGACAAUGCUGCUGUGUGUGAAAUUCUUGAAGUUAAGAGUGCUUUUCUCCUGUGCUAGUACAACUUUGUUUGUUGUCGCAAGUGGUUCAAAGAGAUAUUUGACUUCAGAAACUCUAUAUUCUUUUUUAAUUUCUACAAUGUUGUUGUACACAAAUGUUGCAUUACUAUUGCUCCUUGUUCAGCCAGUUCUCGUGGGGAUCUGAAACAAACUGGCCAGUAGUCACGUUGAAUUUUCAAAUUGGGAAGGCCACUUGUGCUGGCUGCAGCCUGCACUGUCUCUGAGGAUAUGGAUAGGGUGUCAUGCUUAAAUUAAUGUUUAUGUGAUUUAUGACAAAGAAAUUUAGAGUGCCAUGAUAUUGUUGUUGAUUAACUUCUUAUGGGAAGGGAUAUACAUAUGGUUGAAUAAUUAUUUGUGGAAUGUGAAUAUGACUAAUUCAACGGUUGAAUUGUUUCA